GAUUUUUCCUCCACUCUCCAAGACUUGGCUACGGAAGGAAUUGGUAACGUAGUGGAAAUUCAAAAAUUAGAACUUUUGGCUGGUAAUUUGGUACGCGAUUAUUACGAAACGGCCAAGCAAAAGAAAAAAGUACGAAUUAAGAAAUAUGCCGCGGCUGAGAGGGAAGAAUUUGAUGAAUAUUUACCAAACUACUUAGCCACCCGGGAAGAAAUCGAAUUGACUAAAUUUCACGAAGAAAGAGAAAAUUGGGAAGAAAUUGAAGAGUCGGAUGAAAUGAUAGUUGAUUGUCUUCACGAGCAAGGUUUUACCAAUACCGUCAAACAGGAUAAACUUAAAGCCAUUUUAGGCGAAUUACUGCAAAUAGUUCAGUUUUUUAGUGACAAAGAUUUUGAGCAAGCCGUUGAGCAAUUAGACAACUGUCACGAAGUCAAAUCUGAAUACAUGAAAGAAAGG